AUGACUAAUAUUUUGUUAUUUAUUCACUUUUAUUUAUUAACCCAAAUGGCCCCUCUAAUUUCAUCUAUUGGAUAUGGGUUUUCUGUAGGUCAAUCACCUUGGGGAGGUUUAGAAAGUAGAGAAGGAGCAGUUUGCAAUUAUGUUAGUAAAUAUGGUAUUCAGAUGAAUUUAAGCCAUGAAUUAAUAGCUGAAUUGAAGUGGAAACCUAACAAAAGUAAACGAAGCACACCCCCAACAACUAUGCUAGAGUGGGAUGAACGGGUUCAACUUAAUUAUAAUCAUAUGGAAAAGCCUCAGAAAAAUUGUUCUGACGAACAUUGGAUUUUAGAGCAUUUAUUGAAGGAUUAUGAUAAAUUUAGAAUCCCAGGGGAAGGAAAUGUACGUGUUGAGGUUGAGAUUUGGGUCCAGGAAGUGUCAAAAAUUAUUGAAAUUACGAGCGAAUUCGAAUUGGAUAUUUACGUCACUGAGUGGUGGCUGGACUCGAGAUUGGCUUUUUCCCAUCUUAAUCCUUGCAAGAAAAAUAUGUCAGUGGAUGGUGCACGAGUAUUACCUGAAAUUUGGAAUCCUUUAGGGUGUUUUGUAAAUAGUAAAGACGCUACAGUUCAUAAAAGUCCUUUCAGCAACAUUUUUCUACAAUUAAUUAAAUUGACUGGUCCUUGCUCUAAUACAUUCAAUCGGUUUCCGAUUGAUCAACAAAGGUUUGUCUUACUUAGAAUUUUUUAA